AUGCCAUUCCCAUCGCCCAAACACACAAUUGGCUCCGACUUUUAUAUACCGCAUAACUUGCGCUCAAGGAUUAAUGCGAUUUCUAUGACCCGGGAUAUGGAUACUACCGGCGCUGACCAGUGCUCUCACUCUAUACUCUUAGCCGAAGACGACUCCAUACGAGAAGUGGACGAAAACGAGUCCUUUUUGCCAAAUAGUGACCAAAAGACGGCCAAUAAUGUGAUCACCAAAUCGUCUCAACAUAACGAUAGCAAUGACUUUGAAUUCAAAGCCAAUCAGUAUUGCAGUCAAAACUCGCCGAAAGAUAAUGUAAAAAAGAUAAUCGCAUAA